AUGGACUGCAAAAAGGCGCUAACUGAGACGAACGGAAAUAUUGAUGAAGCGAUUCAGAAGUUACGGGAGCAAGGUUUGAAAGCUUCCGAAGUUAGAGGCGGCAGAGCGGCAGAAGAAGGAUUGAUUGUUUCCUAUAUCCAUCCGGGUAGCCGUGUCGGCACGUUAGUCGAACUGAAUUGUGAAACCGAUUUCGUCGCGCGGACGGAGCAGUUCCAAGAGUUGGCGAAAGAGAUUGCGAUGCAGGUUGCAGCCGCGAAACCGAAAUAUGUUAAGGCGGAGGAUGUGCCUGCCGAGGAUCUUGAAGCAGAGAAAACGAUUCUGAAAGCACAAGCAGAGCAGGAGGGUAAACCUGCCCACAUCGCUGAGCGCAUUGUUGAAGGGCGUAUCUCUAAAUACUAUACAGAGACCUGUCUCCUACAGCAGCCCUAUAUCCGCGAUUCAGACCUAACCAUUGAGACCCUCGUGAAGAAUGCAAUUGCCCAAUUGGGUGAGAACAUUGUCGUCAAACGUUUUGUGCUCUAUGUGCUUGGACAGUAA